AUGGAUCAACCUAUGGGAGACGAAGAGAAGAACUCUCAGCUUUCGACGCCAGUUAAAUCGCAGCCGAGCUCGACACUGCACCCGCCGAAAAAUGCGUUCGAGCGCUUCAAUGCCCGCCUGAGCCAGCUGAAUUUCUUCGAGACGCGCGGUAUCGAACGUGUCCCGCUCGAUGAGCGCAAGCCCAAAGUAACCUCGGCGGACUAUAUGGAGAUGGCUCUGAUGUGGUUCAGUGUCAACAUCACGGCGAACAACAUGGCCGUUGGUAUACUCGGUCCGUCGAGCUACGGGUUGGGCUUUGUCGACUCCGCCCUUUGUGCCACUUUCGGCGCUCUGCUGGGCGCUGCUGGUGUUGCAUACAUGGGAACAUUUGGCCCUGCCAGUGGAAACAGAACUAUGGUCGUGGCUCGGUAUUUCAUGGGUUACUAUCCCAGCAAGAUAUGCGCUCUGCUGAAUAUCGUCAUUAUGCUGGGGUACGGUAUGGUCGACAGUAUUGUCGGUGGACAAGUCCUCUCCGCCGUCGCGGGAAACAACAUGACCGUGUCUGUAGGCGUGGUUAUCGUCGUCAUCGUCACCUGGGUCGUGGUCCUGUUCGGCAUGAAGAUAUUCUAUAUAUAUGAACGAUGGGCCUGGGUCCCUCAGCUCAUCGCCGCCUUCGUCCUUGUCGGUAGCGCUGGCCCCAAGUUCGACACUUCAAUUGUAUCUACAGGUUCGGCGCAAACAAUCGCCGGCAAUCGCCUCUCCUUCUUCUCACUGUGUCUCUCCUCAUCAGUCGCCUGGGCUCCGGCCGGUGCAGACUUCUAUGUCUACUUCCCUCCCAACACGAAGAAGUGGAAAACCUUCCUCAUGACCUUCCUCGGUGUUGGUCUAGCUCUAACCUUUGCCAACCUGAUUGGUGUCGGCCUCGGCUCGGGCGUGGCGACCCAUGCCGACUGGAAAGCUGCCGACGCCAUCUCCAACGGCUCUUUGAUCCUCGCCGGCUACAACGGACUGGGCGGCUUCGGCAAGUUCCUAGGCGUUCUAAUUGCGCUGGGUCAGAUCGCGAACAAUGUCGCGGGAACUUACUCCGCAUCCUUAGGCUUCCAGAUGCUGGGUCGCUACCCGGCCAAGGUUCCCCGGUGGGUGUGGACCUGCGUUGGCGUCAUCAUCUACUUUGUCUGUGCUUUAGCCGGUCAGAAUAGCCUAUCCGAGAUUUUUGAGAAUUGGCUCGCUCUGAUGGGCUACUGGGUUUGCAUCUAUCUUGUAAUUUCUCUGGAGGAACAUUUCCUCUUCCGCCCAUCGAGAGGCUAUGAUUGGGCGGAUUGGAGCGAUCGCUCGAAAUUACCCCUUGGUCUUGCUGCGCUGGCAGCCUUUUUGAUCGGCUGGGUUGGCUCCAUUAUUUCUAUGGACGAGAUAUACUUCGUUGGUCCGAUUGCCAAGAUGGUUGGCGAGAAUGGCUCGGAUCUCGGUAUCUGGGUUGGUUCGUCGUGGGCCAUGCUAGUAUAUCCGGGACUGCGAUGGCUGGAGCUAAAGAAGUUCAAUCGUUAA